AUGGGUGCAGUUGAAGAGACCACACAGAAAUAUAUAAAUGACAAAGUUGGUGAAGAGAAAAAUUCAGUUAAUAUUAAUGCUAGUGAUGCAGAAAAUCCUGAGGCAAAUGACAAAGGAGGUCCUAAAGAAACCUGGGUAAGAGACAAUCAAGUGUUGGAGACUCCUCUACCUGAAGUAUUAGAGAGUUCUCCAAAAGAUGAAGCUAAAGAGACCACACAAAACCCUGUAAAUGGCAAAGUUGGUGAUGCAGAAAAUCUAUUUAACAUUAAAAGUGGUGAAAUGGAAAAUGUUGCAGUAAGUGACAAAGAAGGUCCUGAAAAAGCCUCAGUAAAAGACAGUGCAGAUUGUCUUCCAAGGGAAGCAAAGGAAAUGUUGAUAUCUUUGGCAAAUAAAUGGGAGAAUGUAAUUGAUGCUACUGCAUUGCAGGUGUUUCCUCUUAAAGGGGCAAUGACAAAUGAAGUAUUUCAGAUAAAAUGGGAAACAACAACAGAUGAAAGCUCACGAAAGGUUGUAGCAAGGAUAUUUGGUGAGGGCACUCACAUUUUCUUUGAUAGGGAUGUUGAGGUCAGAACAUUUGAAUGCAUCUCAAAGAAUGGAAAGGGACCUCUUUUGCUAGGAAGGAUUGCAAAUGGCCGCAUUGAGGAAUUCAUUAAUGCACGGACAUUAACAGCACCUGAUCUGCGAGAUCCAUCCAUUUCUGCUCUUAUAGCAGCAAAAAUGAAGGAAUUUCAUGAUCUUGACAUGCCUGGUCCAAAGAAAGUGAACCUUUGGGAUAGAUUAAGAAAUUGGCUUAGCGAGGCCAAGCGCUUGUCUCCUCCUGAAGAAAAUGAAGAAUUUCAUUUGGACACAAUGGACAAGGAAAUCUCUAUCCUCGAGAAAGAACUAUCAGGCAUUCACCAAGUUAUAGGGUUUUGCCACAAUGAUUUACAGUAUGGUAACAUAAUGCUUGAGGAAGAGUCCAAUUCUGUGACCAUAAUUGAUUAUGAAUAUGCAAGUUAUAAUCCUGUGGCAUAUGACAUAGCAAAUCAUUUCAAUGAGAUGGCAUCAAACUAUCAUUCAGACACCCCACAUAUUCUUGACUUCAGUAAAUAUCCCGAUUUGGAGGAGCGUCAAAGAUUUGUGCAUGCAUAUUUGAGUUCUGCAGGUGAAAAACCCAGUGACAGUGAAGUGGAGCAGCUACUCGAUGAAAUUGAGAAGUAUACACUUGCAAAUCAUUUAUUAUGGGGCUUGUGGGGAUUAAUCUCGGAGCAUGUAAAUAAAAUUGACUUUGACUAUAAGGGAUAUGCGAAACAGAGGUUUCAAGAGUACUGGUCAAGGAAAACUAGUCUUUUGAGCUCAGAUGGGUCCUCCAAUGACAAUGUGACUAACGGAGAGAAAGCACUAACAUCGACAACCAGCGGAAAACCAACUAAGAACUCUAGUGUGUUCAAGAAGUGGAAGAAAUUUAUUGGUCUCGGCUUUUUCAGAUCGAAACACUAG